ACACAUUAUCUCUCUACAUUCUUUCCAAUAAUAUUUUUUCAUUCAUCAUAUUUUUUUUCUCAUCAUAUUUUUUUCAUCAAUAUUAUUUUUAAGAAUAAGAGGCCACCUAAAUUAAAAUUUAAAAAUCAUUUUAACGAUUUAAUUUUGACUGACCACCUCACUAAUGGGCCGAAUCACAGUAUAGAGCAUCAGGUCCAAAUCAAGGAUCACGUCGUCGACAAAGGAAUCCGACGGCUGAGCGAGUUGCGUUCCCAUGAAGCAGGGCUUUGCAUAGGAGGGGAAACGACGUCAACUCGUAGCCGUACAGGGUUCACCAGUCGCCGUCGCCCUUUGAAAUCGCAGGCCCUACUUCCACAUCUUUACCAUCCCGCCUCUCUGAAGUCAAUCCAAUGGCGACGUCCCUGGACCCUGAUCGACUUUGCCUCUUGUUCUUCUCGGAGUUUUGGGGUGUUUGAUUUGCUAUUUUACGAUUAUGUCGCUGUCAGGCGUUGCCGAAUUAGCAAACGGUGGACUACCCGAGCUUUAAGCUUGUUCUUGUCAGUGAUGGUGUACAGGAAAGACAACAUUUGUGAAGAGACAUUUGACUGCUAAAUUCGAGAAGAACUACUAUUGGCGUUGAGGUCUGUCCCUUGUAUUUCUUCACAAACUGUGGGAAGAUUAGAUUUAAUUGCUGGGAUACAGGCGGUCAGAAGAAAUUUGGUGGUCCGAGGGAUGGAUACUACAUCAAUGGUCAUUGUGCCAUUAUCCUGUUCGAUGUAACUGCGAGGUUAACUUACAAGAAUGUCCCAACAUGGCAUCGUGACAUCUAUGAAACCAGGGUUUGUGAGUAUUCCUAUUGUUCUUUGUGGCAACAAGGUUGAUGUGAAGAACAGGCAAGUUAAAGCCAAGCAAGUUACCUUCCACAGGAUGAAGAGCCUCCAAUAUUAUGAGAUCUCAGCAAAGAGUAACUAUAAUUUCGAGAAGCCAUUCCUUUAUCUUGCCAGAAAACUUGCAGGGGACCCUAACCUUCACUUUGUUGAAUCGCCUGCACUGGCACCUCCAGAAGUUCAAAUCGACUUGGCUGCACAGCAACAACGUGAAUCCGAGCUUGCAGCAGCUGCCGCUCAGCCUCUUCCAGACGACGGCGACGAUCUGAUCGAUUAGAAGCUCCAGUGCAAGCUACUUCUUCAUAAUUAGCCAGCUCGACCGAGUGAGCCCCCGUAGUCUGCUGUUUUAAGAGGAAGAUCCAACGUUUUCUUUCGUUAGUCGAUUCAAGGGGUUUUCUACUUAGAUGUGCGACACAAGCUGUGGAUAAAAUUCUGUGUCGGUUUUGACGCCCUUCAUAUCAUUGGACUAGUUCUCCGUGCCAACGCCUGGAAGAAGGUUUUUCCCUGUUUCCUUGAGCAGAAACGGUUUUGCUAGUGUGUUGGCUCUCUUGGAAAUGUAUCAUAUUCCAUGAGUUUCCUAUGGAAUAAAUAAUUCAUGUUUGGCCGCAGAAAUAUUUUAAUUUUUACA